AUGCAGGGCCCAGAGGAUAUCGCUGCUACUGUCACAACGCGCGGGUGUCCAGCUCGCAAGCUGAUACUCUUCGAGGAACCAGCGUUACAACGCGUCUCUUUGGGCAGAUACGACGUGUCCUGUGGGUCGCUGGAGUCUCUUUACGGUGAGGACAGCUCGUAUCAGGAGCAGGCGGUGUCUAUGAAAGACUAA